GUGGGCACCGCGAAGAUACCGAGUCGCCUUUAAGCGCGGACAGUGCUUGACCGGUGCUGAUCGGUUCGUGUACCGAUCGAGUCGCAGGCGCGGUCGGCUCAUGUGCACUGUGCAUUUGUUUUUUUUUUUUUAUUUUUUUUUGUUUUCCCACUGCCUGAUCGUUCCGCGCACUUUACGUAGACUGCUCUGCCUGCCAUGCAUCCCGUCCUAGAAGAAGCAUGCAGAAACCGCUGAGAGAGCUGAGCCGUUUGUGCUUGGGUACAGCCGUGUCGGGGGGCGGCGGAUGCGGGGGUGGAGGUGGCCUGCAACACGUACCCACGGAGAUAUGUGACGAGGCUAAGGGAGGGCUGCCCCUGCUACAGGUAUGGCCCAGCGACUCGCCCAGAGGCGAGGCUGACGGUCAGGCGCAAACUUUCGUGUUCCCCGACACUCAGGAGAGCGUAACUGACAGCGGUAUCGAUUCGAUACAGGUUUCUCCGUCGCCUUGUGGUCCGAUUUGUUCCGGAAGUCCUACAACGACACCUCAGCCGUCGCGUCGGCCAAGUUUGCUGCAUCCGGAUCACGCGCGGCUUCAUCUUCAUCACCUUCAUCACCACCACGCGAGUGGCGGUUCAAAGUGCCCCUCAUCUCCGGAUAGGAACCCGUCCAUUGACGAAGACCCACCACCCGGACCCCCAAGUCCGUCUAGCUCGACUACUAGCAGUUUACACUCGAUGCCCAGUUCUGCCAUGGCUUCGACGCAUUCGCAGGAUAGAAGACGAAGCAGCAGGUACAGCAUGUUCGACGCAUUGGACUUGGAGUACGCAUUGCUGCGAGCAGCAGCGAGGGGUUCGGUGGGUCCCUAUUCGCUCUCGGAGUCUCUUCACAAGCUCACCUUUACCCAAAGCCUCGCAUUUCCCGCGUUGGCUCGGGGUCUGGCUUCGAAACAGAGUCGCCUGCCGGCCGCGCGGCCGAAGCAGGACGCCGAGACCGGGUUGAACGCGUUCGCCAAGGUCGUGACCGCUCUGGUCCUCGUCCUUGUCAGCGUUCUCGUUUUCGGCGUGGUCUACAAGUUUGUGAGGACGUGAGGGUGGCUUUUGGGUCCCAGCGGGGACCAAUCCGGCACUCGUCACGAUCCUGCUCACAGAAACCACGACGACUCUUCGGCCGGAAGACUCUUCAGCAACACUUGAACGCCGCCCCGUCGUCGCUCUUCCGGGUCCACAAACUUGAAGAUCCACGAAUUCAGGACGGAAUUUAGCCAAGCGUGUCAUUGGCGAUUGGGUCCGAUAAAACCUCUUCGCGAUAUCAUCGCCCCCGAUUUCUUGGCGAAGAAAGCGAAGAAAUAUGAGAUGAUAUUUUACACGAAAAUAUAGUUAGCAGGAUGAGCUGUAGUUACGUUCUGUCAGAUUGAAGAAGAAUUAUUCAAAAUUUUCAAUUUUCAUGCGGCUUGCGUCUCCCGUUUUGCAUUUCUGUUUUGGAAGUAAUGAGAUUUGGUUAUCGAUUUUGAUACUCAAGAUCAUUUCACUUCCCAUUCGAUUCGCAGAACGCUUUCAUCCUCUCUUGCGAAAAGAAAGACAAGCCGAUUAAAAAUACAAACAGCAUUAGAAAUAUGGAUGUAGAUAAUAUGCACGACAAGAAGACGUAUCACAAAAUUCUUUUUUCUUCAUUUUUGUAUUCCGUGGGACAUUCUAUUCGAAAAUCCGUUUCAAUUCGACCUAAUCUGUGGUAAACAAGACUUGCCUCACGUGCACGUGUACAGUGCACACAUAAACUUGCACAUCCAAAUUAUACAUGAAAACGUAUAUAUAAAUAUACUACAUCAAAAGCGGCCUAUGUAACUGUGCUUUUUUCAGAAUCAUGAAGCACGGCGAAGACCCACCGAAUUUACCAUACCUAUAAUGCUGUAGACGUCAAUAGAUACAUCGUAAAUAUUAAAAGGAAACAAUAUAUCUGACACAAAUACGAAAGUCUGUUUAUAUAUAUGUACACAAAAUUCACAUCCAGCACCCCAGCCUGGAGUUUUUCAGAAACGGGGCUCGGGAUCCGAAAAUUGAAUAGAUUUAUUACAAAUUGUUGUUUUUUUUUUUGUUUUUUUUUUAGUCUUCGUAGCGUUUUGAAAAACUUUUGGCUUAACUGUUGAAUCUGAGUUGGUAUUGUAUAUAUCUACACAUGUGAGCAUGUUAUAAUAAUAACUGUAUAUCCGAGGAUUAUUAUUGUUAUACACAAUGUACUGUAUAAAAUAAUAAUACCUAUUCAUAUAUCAUAUUUAACAAAGUGUACUUUACGCUGUGAUUUGCGGUAUGCGUAGUAUGUAUGUAUUGUAUAAUAUACAUAUAUACACGUACGUGUAUACAAUCUUUUUUCUAUAUAUCAAGUGCCGAUAUUUACGCGCCCCUGUAUUUUUCACCGUUCUGCGUAUAUAUAAAAAUAUAUCGUACGGUAUUUAAUAAUUAAUCAUAGUUGUAAUUAUAAUUAAUUAAUUAAAUUAAUGAAUCAUAUACGACGCUCUUCAAUUAAAGUGCUUUAUGUAUGAUACUAUCUUCUCGACAAUCGCUGAUAUUGUGUAAUUAUUAUCAACAUUAUCACUGUUAUUAUUAUGAUUAUUAUUAUAAUUAACAUAUACACACGGUAUACGUAGGUGAUUAUAUAUAUAUACUGUUAUGAUAAGGUAUGUUAAUUAAAAUCGUUAUGAAACCGCGGCUGAUAUACCUUUUUACAUGGCCUCAUAUAUCAUCAAUGAUAGCUAUAUUUAAAUAGGAUUGUAUUUAUUCUUAAGACGAACAAUUAUACUCAGCACUUGAAAAAGAAAAAACGAAAGAACAAAAAUCACACCUCGAUAUAAUAUUCCAUGACAUGAUAAUAUAAAAAAUGUUAAUCCAAAA